CUGUUAACAUGCACAGUGCUCAGCUUGAUGUAUUUUGCAUUUACAAGAGAUGAGACAAACGAAGACGCCAACUUGUGGGUGGGCCUCAUCCUGGUCCUCUCCUUCUUCCUGGUCAUCAGUGUUCUGGCCUUCCCUAACGGACCAUUUACCAGACCACAUCCGGCGAUAUGGCGAAUAGUUUUUGGUCUGAGUGUGCUGUACUUCCUGUUCCUGGUGUUCAUCAUCUUCCUAAACUGGGAGCAGGUGAAGAACGUCAUGUACUGGCUGGACCCCAACCUGCGCUACGCCACCCGGGAGGCUGACAUCAUGGAGUAUGCAGUGAACUGUCACGUGAUCACCUGGGAGCGAAUCCUGAGCCACUUUGACAUAUUUGCCUUCAGUCACUUCUGGGGCUGGGGCAUGAAGGCCCUGCUCAUCCGCAGCUACGGCCUCUGUUGGACCAUCAGCAUCACCUGGGAGCUCACUGAGCUGUUCUUCAUGCACCUGCUGCCUAACUUUGCUGAGUGCUGGUGGGACCAGCUGAUCCUGGACAUACUGUUGUGUAAUGGAGGAGGCAUCUGGAUGGGUAUGACUGUCUGUCGCUUCCUGGAGAUGAGGACCUACCACUGGGCCUCCAUCAAGGACAUCCACACCACGACAGGGAAGAUCAAACGUGCUGCGCUCCAGUUCACCCCGGCUAGCUGGACCUACGUCCGCUGGUUUGACCCCAAGUCUUCCCUGCAGCGCGUCACCGGGGUCUACCUCUUCAUGAUCAUCUGGCAGCUGACAGAGUUGAACACAUUCUUCCUGAAGCACAUAUUUGUGUUCCCGGCGUGCCACGCCCUCAGCUGGUGUCGGAUCCUCUUCAUCGGCAUCAUCACAGCUCCCACCGUGAGGCAGUACUAUGCCUACCUCACAGACACACAGUGUAAGCGUGUUGGGACACAGUGCUGGGUGUUUGGGGCCAUAGCGUUCCUGGAGGCCUUGGCGUGUAUAAAGUUUGGAAUGGAGCUGUUCUCCAAGACCCAGGUCCUCUAUGUGCUGCUGUGGCUGGUGUGUGUGGCCUUAAUCACAUUCCUGUGUCUGUAUGGGAUGGUGUGGUAUGCAGAGAUCUACGGCCCCAAAGAGAAGGUAUGCUGACAUACCAGGCUAGAU